AUGCGUUGCUUCUUAAGAGAUGCUGAUGCAAAGCAAGAUGAGGACGAGAAAAUGCGAGUGGAAGCAAAGGUCCAAGAUUGCCGAGGGUCUUGCACUCUUGAUGCCAUCCGCUCAAGACUCCAAGAUAUCUCUGACACCCGUGAUCCUUAUGGUAUCCAAAACGUUGGAGAGGGGACUAAUCCUGCAAGUGAGACACUAAGGAAGAUGAGAAGAUCCUCUCCUCACGGUGAGGAAAGGGAUAUUAUUGAUUUGGAGAACGAUAAGACUAAAAUGGUGGACCAACUUAUUCAAUUGGGGGGCUGUUGGAGUGCAGUUUCGAUAGUUGGAAUGGGCGGUAUUGCUAUGGGUUGCAUAGGGUCUGAUUCCACAUCAAGGAGCAAGAAUGGAAGACGUCACCGAAGAUUACUUGAACUAGCUGAUAGAGCGAAACAUGGUUCAAGCAGAAAGAAUGUGUCAAUGGUCGGUAAAGAAGAACUGACAAUCUCAGCCGAUGGGUUUCCUCAGUUGGAGUUCCUAGACUUGAACAGCGUGAAAUCCCUAGCUAAAUUGAAUGUAGAAGCAAGUGCAGUGCCAAGGCUUCAAAGUUUUAAAAUUGUCAAUCGCAAGAGGCUAAGAAUGCUCCCUGAAGAGAUGAAAUUUGUGACUAGUCUCCGUAAAUUGGGUAUUCAAGAGAUGCCAAGAGUCUUUGUAGAUAGGCUUCAAGGCGAAGAUCUUCAGAAAGCCUGUACUAAAGGCACGGUGCCAGCCGUUUUCCAUACAGCAGGCAAUUCAAUUUCUUAUUGGAAUAUGGCUCACAAACCAGAAAUACAAAGGGCGUAA